AGGGAUAUCAUAAUGCAAACAAAAGGAGGACAGCUUCAGAGAAUCAAUGAGCUUCAUGCAAGUUACAUGGCUUUUCAAUAUCCUUUGAUUUUUCCUUACGGUGAAGACGGUUAUAGGCCUGAUGUAGCUCAUAGAGACUUGCCCAUCCAUGAAAACAGCAUAAGAAAUAGACUUACCAUUAGAGAAUGGCUUGCCUUUCGCAUUCAAACAAGGUUUACUGAGGCUAAGACUUUAUUAUCUUCUAGAAGGUUGUUCCAACAGUUUUUGUGCGAUGGUUACACAAUGUUAGAAUCCGAGAAGUUAGAAUGGCUUAGAAAAAAUCAACCAAAGCUCAGGGUCUCCAAGUACAAGUCUCUAAACGAGGAAGGUGAUCAGAGUCAAGCUCCUGGGUCAAGCAUAGGCAAAAGAGUUGUUUUACCAUCCUCCUUUGUCGGCGGUCGUAGGUUUAUGGAUCAAUUUUACUAUGAUGGUAUGGCCAUUUGUAGCAAAGUUGGCUUUCCUGAUUUGUUCAUUACAUUUACCUGCAACCCAAAUUGGCCUGAGAUACAAAGAGUACUUGGUCCUCUUCAUUUGAAACCACAAGAUCGGCCGGACAUCAUUUCUAGAAUAUUCAAAAUCAAGUUUGAUCAAUUGCUAACUGACUUAACCAAGAAAGGUGUGCUAGGAAAAGUGCUUGCCUAUAUGUACACCAUUGAGUUUCAAAAGAGAGGGUUGCCGCAUGCCCAUAUUUUGAUCUUUUUGCAUCCUUCAAACAAAUAUCCUAGACCCGAAGACAUUGACAAGAUAAUCAGUGCUGAAGUGCCCGAUCCCUUAACACAUCCUCGGUUGUACAAUUUGGUCAAAUCUCAUAUGGUUCACGGUCCUUGUGGUUUAGUAAAUGUUAAUUCACCUUGCAUGAAAGAUAGGAAAUGCUCCAAGUACUUCCCCAAAAAAUUUCAACCGACCACUAUAGUGGACCAAGAUGGAUAUCCUAUUUAUAGAAGAAGAAACAACGGUCACACGGUUGAAAAAAAUGGGGUCAUCUUUCAUAGUGGUCAUAUUGUUCCUCACAAUCCAAGUUUAUUGUAGAAGUACAAUGCCCACAUCAACAUGGAAUGGUGCAAUCAAAGUACUUCUAUCAAGUAUCUUUUCAAAUACAUAAACAAAGGUUCUGAUCGAAUUUCAGCUGUCAUUCACGGUUCUAACAAAGACAACAUUGACGAGAUCAAGCAAUAUCUGGAUUGUAGAUACAUCUCCCCAAGCGAGGCAUGUUGGAGGAUAUUUUCAUAUUCUAUACACGGAAGAAAACCAGCCGUAGAGAGAUUGUACUUUCACAUGGAAGGUGAAAACUCCGUUUACUACAAAGACUAUGAGCAAGUUGGUGAUGUGUUACUCAAACCAAGUGUAACCGAGUCAAUGUUUACAUCUUGGUUUGAAGCUAACAAAACUUACGAAGAAGCUAGAUUACUAACUUACGGUGACUUUGUUUCUAAAUUUGUUUAUCAUAAACGAAGCCGAAGUUGGAAACCAAGGAAACGAGGGUAUACCAUCGGAAGACUUAUUUGGGUUCCUCAAAGCACAGGUGAAUUGUUUUAUUUAAGGAUGAUGCUCAGUGUGAAAAAAGGCCCUUUAUGUUAUGAUGACAUCAAAACUAUUGAUGGAAAAAAACAUAAAACUUUUAGAGGAGCGUGUUUUGCUAUGGGAUUUCUACAAGAUGAUAGAGAAUUUGUUGAGGCAAUAAAAGAGGCACAUGUUUAGGGAUCUGGGUUAUUUUUACGCAAGUUAUUUGUUACGAUGUUGAUGUCGUCAUCCAUGAAUAGACCGGAACAUGUGUGGAGAUUGACUUGGAAGUAUUUAUCAGAUGGCAUUCUUUAUGAUCAACGAUUAUUGGCAAGAGAUCAAGGGUUGACACUAACUGAUACGGAGCUAAAGGAGCUUACUUUAAUGGCUAUUGAAACACUAUUACAAAACAAUAAUAAAAGUUUGAAAGAUUUCAAGCCAAUCCCAUAUCCCAAGGAUUUUGUUGUUUCCUUUAUAGGAAAUCGGCUUCUAUACGAUGAACGUCAAUACAAUGUUCAUGAACAACAACAACUUUUUGCUAAUUUGUACUCAUCUCUCACAGAUGAACAAAGAAACAUUUUUCAUGAAAUAAUGGAUGCUGUCGAGAAGCAGCGAGGUGGGGUCUUUUUCUUAUAUGGCUAUGGAGGAACUGGUAAGACCUUUAUGUGGAACACUUUAUCAGUUGCACUUAGGUCUAAGAAAAAAAUUGUCUUGCCGGUUGCAUCAAGUGGGAUUGCAAGUUUAUUGUUACCAGGUGGCCGAACAGCUCAUUCUAGGUUUAAGAUUCCUGUCCCUACUUUAAAAAAUUCUAUUUGCAACAUUAACAAAAAAGAUGAUCUUGCUGAGCUUCUAAAGGUGACCGAUCUUAUAAUAUGGGAUGAAGCUCCUAUGGCUAACAAAUUUUGCUUUGAAUCUCUUGAUAAAUCCUUGAAAGAUAUUAUGAGUGGAAUGCCUAAUGCAUCUCAAAAAAUAUUUGGAGGUAAGGUUGUCGUCUUUGGUGGUGAUUUCAGACAAAUUCUCCCCGUUAUACCAAGAGGUACUAGAUCUGAUAUUAUCCAUGCAACAAUCAAUUCUUCUUAUAUUUGGGACCACUGUAAAGUCUUGAAGCUUACAAAGAACAUGCGGUUACAAUCUGGUAUAAGUGAUUCUACUACUGAUGACAUUAGGAGCUUUUCAGAAUGGAUUUUAAGUAUAUGGGAUGGGACCAUGUGUGAGCCGAAUGAUGGUUAUGCUGAUAUUUGUAUUCCAGAUGAGUUUUUAAUUUCAAACUUUUCCGAUCCCAUUAUGGCAAUUGUGGAGGAUACCUAUCCUGAUCUUAUUCAUAACUAUCUUGAUUCGGACUAUCUCCAAAGUCGUGCAAUCUUAGCUUCAACAAUUGAAGUAGUUGAUGAUAUCAACAAAUAUAUCACAAACCUUCUUCCAGGAGAAGACAAAGAAUACUUCAGUAGCGAUUCUAUAGAUAAAUCUGAUGCUACUAACUUUGAUGCAUAUGAGCAUGUCACACCUGAAUUCCUUAAUGCUCUCAAAACUUCUGGAUUGCCUAAUCAUUCAAUUAGGUUGAAAGUUGGCGUCACAAUAAUGUUAAUGCGCAAUUUAGACCAGUCUGAAGGCUUGUGCAAUGGUACACGACUCACUGUAACCAGACUUACAUCUCAUGUCAUUGAAGCUAAGAUCAUUUCUGGAAAAAAUGUUGGUAACAUCAUUUAUAUUCCUAGGAUGUCAUUGUCUCCAUCACAGUCACCAUGGCCAUUUAAAUUGGUUAGACGCCAAUUCCCCAUUAUGGUAUCCUUUGCCAUGACUAUUAACAAGUCUCAAGGACAGUCUCUUGACCAUGUUGAUUUGUAUUUGCCAAAAGAGGUUUUUAGUCAUGGUCAAUUAUAUGUCGCGAUCUCAAGAAUUAAGUCAAAAAAAGGAUUAAAGAUUCUUAUUCAUGAUAAGGAUAUAGAACCAAUGUGUAACACCACUAACGUUGUUUUCAAAUAAGUGUUCCAAAACUUGUGAAAGGUUCAAGCCUCCACUACAUUUUGAAGACUCAUGUUGCAAAUUUUUUGUUAUAAUCUUUUGUAAGGAAUAUUGUAGUUUACACCUUCUUUUGAGACAAUCAAUAUCAAUUAGGAAUAACACUCAUUAUUGUGUAUUCACAUUAUUAGAAAACUAUUUGUCAUUUUAUUACCAUAUCAUUCUUUUGGAAUAUUCUUAAAUACACAACAUUUUAUAGUUAUUUACAGAAUAUACAAAUUACUUUUACCCGUGCGGCAGCACGGGUUUCUGACUAGUUGAUUUUAGUAAGUCUCUGUCAAGUCAAGUAAGAAAGUUACUUUCCUCUUUCAUUUUAUUUUUUUUUAA